GACAAAGUGGAAUGCGGGUAAUAGAAUUCGUAUUUCACCUAUCGAGGAGCCCGCCAUUCUGGGGCUUGGGUUCCUGCUGUAGUGUAUGCUGGGAAUUGUAGUUUGGCGUCCAUUUGCCCCCAAGUGGAAGGUGCGGCUGGCUUGAGAGUAUCUCUUGCAACGCUGGGACCGAGGUGGAAGGGGGCCACGCAGCUAAUCCUCGAGGAAGGUUUACUGCCGCGAUCUCUCGCCUGAAGACAGGCCGGUCGGGUCAGACCAGCCAGGUCCCAGAAGCAAGAGGAGAGGCGGAGUCGUGCCGGCCGGGACCCGCUCGAGGCUCUCUCUCUCUCUCUGCCUCGCUUGGCGCGAGCGCGAUUCCUGGGCGUGCAGCCCCGGCUUCCCUUUCCCCGCACUGAGGCGGCUCCAUGCGGCUGGCAGCCUCCUCCACCUCCUCACACUCCUCCGCAAGAGGCAGGGCGAAAAGGCGGCAUCCGCCCGCGAGCGCCCUGAGGCCGCCGCCGUCCUCGGCCUGAGAGGAACUCGCGUUUGAAAGGAGAAAGGAUGGCGAACCAGCUGGUAGUCCUCAACGUCUACGAUAUGUACUGGAUGAAUGAAUACACCUCCUCCCUUGGAAUUGGAGUAUUUCACUCAGGAAUUGAGAUAUAUGGUAGAGAAUUUGCUUAUGGUGGUCAUCCAUAUCCUUUCUCUGGAAUAUUUGAGAUUUUACCAGGCAAUGCAUCUGAAUUAGGGGAAACAUUUAAAUUCAAAGAAGCUGUUGUUCUUGGAAGUACUGACUUCAUGGAGGAAGAUGCAGAAAAAAUUAUAGAAGAACUUGGAAAAGAAUUUAAGGGAAAUGCUUAUCACUUAAUGCACAAAAACUGCAAUCAUUUUUCUUCAGCUUUAUCAGAGAUUCUCUGUGGAAGAGAGAUUCCUCGUUGGGUGAAUCGUCUUGCCUAUUUCAGUUCCUGUAUUCCUUUUCUCCAGAGUUGUCUACCAAAAGAAUGGCUUACACCUGCUGCCCUUCAGUCUAGUGUAAGCCAAGAGCUUCAGGAAGUCCUAGAAGAAGCAGAAGAUGCUGCAACAACAGCUUCUCUGCCAAGUUCAGCAUCAGAGGCAAGAACUGGCCAUCAUACUAAAAUAUAGGUUUAGUCCAAAGUACUGUUACUUUGGAAGUUUUAUCAAUAACUGACUUCCCUUAUACAAUAGUAAAUAGACAUUUGAUGGUGUCUUUGGUUUGCAAUUAGAAAACUAAUUCAAACCCAUUGUGUUCUGCUCAGGAUUUUAUAUGUAGUGAAAAAAGUGUUUUGAGGAAAUGAAAAGAACUCGAGAAGAAUUCAAAUGCAAUCUUCAUUUUAAUCUAAUCAAAUGACUUGGACUUGAGCAGAAGUUAAACUGUUUACAGUAUUGUGUGCUGCUGUUUACAAAUCCCCGAGGGAUAUCAGCCAUUAAAAGAAAAUGAAUAAAUUCAGUACAGCCUGCAUAACUUCAUCAACAUCAGUGGAAGUAUAGUAAUGGUCAGUGUUCCUUGCUACUGCCUUGGAAUAGAAUAGGUUAGAGUAUGCCUCUUCCAACUCUUGUUGGUAUACAAGGAACUAGUAAAUACUAUGUGUAAACAGGGUACAGAAUUAUCAGUACAAAGAAUUUUGUCUAAGACAGAAAGUAGUCUUACUAUUUAGCAGAAAUGUUCCUAAAAUGUUACUUCUAUGUCAAUUUUUUUCAAUUUACAAUGAGCAAAUUUAUAUUUUAUUACAAAUACAAGUGCAUUUUUGGGUGAUAAAUUGCAGUCAUUUUAUUUCAAUUGCCUCAUGUUUUUAUCUGAUUUGUAGAUAUGAAAAAUCCUUGUGAGAUUUUCAGAUAAUAGUGCCUGUUUCACAUAUCAUUUAAAAUCUGAACAUAAGAUGAAUGCAGAUAAAACAGAUAAAUUACAGAUUCAUAUAAACUUGUGGGUGAGUUAAUUUAGAACAUGGUAAAUAAUAGGUCAUUUGGAAAUUAAAAAUGUGGAUCAUCCAACAGAUGUAAAGUGUUGUUAAAUAGAAUUUCAAUUCAGAAACUCAAAGAGAAGUGACAGUUGUAAUUGCCUUUCUCAGCAGCCAGAUUCAAACAAAGAAACCAAAUGCUUUAUCCAGCUCACUGUGUUUUUGCUGAAUCAAUGAGUGUUUUAGAUGAAUAAGUUAUAGACAUUUUUGUGCCAUUAAAUAGCAAUAUAUACUGUGUGAACUACAAAAAAAUCAAUUGCAAAAAUAUUAGAUGAAUUUCUUCUAUUUAACGUCUUCUAUUGGUGACAUGAUUUCAUUGGGGUAGAGAUUAAUAGGACUGGCAUUUAAUUGAAAUUGGAUUCAGGUUUUUAUAUAUGCAGUUCUAAGACUCUUCCAAAUAUAUGGAAAGGAAUGACCUGGAAACUGUGUUUAAACCAAGGCUUUUCAAGGCUUGCAUUAGUGAAGAAUAUUAAUUUCAAAUAUAUCUAAUGUUUAAAUCCCGUAUUUUAUUUUCUUUAACCAAUCAUCUAAAUUGGGUUUCUGAGAAUACAUUUUUAAAAUCAUAACUAUAGAGUUUUUCUCUGUAAACUGACAAAGAGAUAAUUUGGUUUUUCAAUUGAUAUGGAAAAGAGAUUUCCUACCAGUAGUAUGGAUCUCUAUUAAGGAAGUUGACAUGUUAACAAAGAAAACUCUGCUCUUAAUUAUUCAUAGGCUGGUGGAUAGAAAUUUCUUCACUCCUUUCAAGGAAGGACAAUGCACAUAUUUUUUGACAUUACUUACCAGUGCCAUGGAAUUUUACCCAUCCAGAGUUGCUGGAAUCUCUAUCAAAUUCUAUAAAAUAAACUGGUUUUAUUAUUAAUUACAGAAUAAUUUAACAUUUUAUGUUUUUAUAGUCAUCCACGACGACAGCAUGUAAGGAAUGCAAGGAAAUACAUGGCAUACUAAGUAAAAGCAAUUCUUUAUUAACAUGGUUCUGAUUUUAUUGGACUUUUCUAUUAUACAUAUUGUGGCAUUUUAUAGUGAUUAUAUGUCCACAAACAGCUGAACUCUGACACUGCUACAAUAUCUUAGGGAAUGAUGGGAGUUCUAUAACUUAUCACGUGUGCUAUAUCAAUUCUAUACUUGAUUCCUUGAACAAAUCAACCUGCCAAAAUCUGUUUCCCUAACUAGCAACAGUUGAAGAUGUUUCACCAGCAUUACUACUCAGCAGGGAAUGCACUUCUCCAGUAGCCAUAGUGUGCAUUAAAGCUAAAAACCCUUUCUACCUAUAAUACUGGAUAUCUCAACCUUUAAAAAAAAAAACGGG